AUGACCCCGCCCCAUUCUCCCUCUUUCCAUCACCCCGCCCCAUUCUCCCUCCUUCCAACACCCCGCCCCAUUCUCCCUCCUUCCAUCACCCCGCCGCAUUUCCAUCACCGCGACCUAUUCUCCCGCUUUCCAUCACCCCGCCCCAUUCUCCCGCUUUCAAUCACCCCGCUCCAUUCUCCCGCUUUCCAUCACCUCGCCCCAUUCUCCCGCUUUCUGUCACCCCGCCCCAUUCUCCCGCUUUCUGUCACUUCGCCCCAUUCUCACUCCUUCCAUCACUCUGCCCCAUCCCCCCUCCUUCCAUCACCCCGCCCCAUCCUCCCUCCUUCCAUCACCCUGCCCCAUUCACCCGCUUUCCAUCACCCCGCCCCAUUCUCCCGCUUUCCAUCACCCUGCCCCAUUCUCCCGCUUUCCAUCACCCCGCCCCAUUCUCCCGCUUUCCAUCACCCCGCCCCAUUCUCCCGCUAUCAAUCACCCCGCCCCAUUCUCCCGCUUUCCAUCACCCCGCCCCAUUCUCCCACUUUCCAUCACCCCGCCCCAUUCUCCCGCUUUCAAUCACCCCGCCCAAUUCUCCCGCUUUCCAUCACCCCGCCCCAUUCUCCCGCUUUCAAUCACUCCGCCACAUUCUCCCGCUUUCAAUCACCCCGCCCCAUUCUCCCGCUUUCCAUCAUCCCGCCCCAUUCUCCCUCCCUCCAUCACCCCGCCCCAUUCUCCUGCUGUCCAUCACACCGCCCCAUUCUCCCGCUUUCCAUCACCCCGCCCCAUUCUCCUGCUUUCCAUCACCCCGCUCCAUUCUCCCGCUUUCCAUCACCCCUCCCCAUUCUCCUGCUUUCCAUCACCCCGCCUCAUUCUCCCUCCCUCCAUAACCCCGCCCCAUUCUCCUGCUGUCCAUCACACCACCCCAUUCUCCCGCUUUCCAUCACCCCGCCCCGUUCUCCCUCCUUCCAUCACCCCGCCCCUCUCUCCCCCCUUCCAUCACCCCGCCCCAUUCUCCCGCUUUCCAUCACCCCGCCCCAUUCUCCCGAUUUCCAUCACCCCGCCCCAUUCUCCCUCCUUCCAUCACCCCGCCCCAUUCUCCCACCUUCCAUCACCCCGCCCCAUUUCCAUCACCGCGCCCUAUACUCCUGCUUUCCAUCACCCCGCCCCAUUCUCCCGCUUUCCAUCACCCCGUUCCAUUCUCCCGUUUUCCAUCACCCCGCCCCAUUCUCCCGCUUUCCAUCACCCCGCCCCAUUCUCCCGCUUUCCAUCACCCCGCCCUAUUCUCCCGCUUUCCAUCAACCCGCCCCAUUCUCCCGUUUUCCAUCACCCCGCCCCAUUCUCCCGCUUUCCAUCACCCCGCCCCAUUCUCCCGCUUUCCAUCACCCCGCCCCAUUCUCCCGCUUUCCAUCACCCCGCCCCAUUCUCCCGCUUUCCAUCACCCCGCCCCAUUCUCCCGUUUUCUGUCACCCCGCCCCAUUCUCCCGCUUUCUAUCACUGCGCCCCAUUCUCACUCCUUCCAUCACUCUGCCCCAUCCCCCCUCCUUCCAUCACCCCGCCCCAUCCUCUCUCCUUCCAUCACCCUGCCCCAUUCACCCGCUUUCCAUCACCCCGCCCCAUUCACCCGCUUUCCAUCACCCCGCCCCAUUCUCCCGCUUUCCAUCACCCCGCCCCAUUCUCCCGCUUUCCAUCACCCCGCCCCAUUCUCCCGCUAUCAAUCACCCCGCCCCAUUCUCCUGCUUUCCAUCACCCCGCCCCAUUCUCCCGCUUUCCAUCACCCCGCCCCAUUCUCCCACUUUCAAUCACUCCGCCCCAUUCUCCCGCUUUCAAUCACCCUGCCCCAUUCUCCCGCUUUCCAUCACCCCGCCCCAUUCUCCCUCCCUCCAUCACCCCGCCCCAUUCUCCCCAACUUCACCCCGCCCCAUUCUCCCGCUUUCUGUCACUGCGCCCCAUUCUCCCUCCUUCCAUCACUCUGCUCCAUCCCCCCUCCUUCCAUCACCCCGCCCCAUCCUCCCUCCUUCCAUCACCCUGCCCCAUUCACCCGCUUUCCAUCACCCCGCCCCAUUCACCCGCUUUCCAUCACCCCGCCCCAUUCUCCCGCUUUCCAUCACCCCGCCCCAUUCUCCGGCUUUCCAUCACCCCGCCCCAUUCUCCUGCUUUCCAUCACCCCGCCCCAUUCUCCCGCUAUCAAUCACCCCGCCCCAUUCUCCCGCUUUCAAUCACCCCGCCCCAUUCUCCCGCUUUCCAUCACCCCGCCCCAUUCUCCCGCUUUCCAUCACACCGCCCCAUUCUCUCGCUUUCCAUCACCCCGCCCCAUUCUCCCUCCUUCCAUCACCUCGCCCCAUUCUCCCGCUUUCCAUCACCCCGCCCCAUUCUCCCGCUUUCCAUCACCCCGCCCCAUUCUCCCGCUUUCCAUCACCCCGCCCCAUUCUUCCACUUUCCAUCACCCCGCCCCAUUCUCCCGCUUUUUAUCACCCCGCCCCAUUCUUCUGCUUUUCAUCACCCCGCCCCAUUCUCCCGCUUUCCAUAACCCCGCCCCAUUCUUCCUCCUUCCAUCACCCCGCCCCUCUCUCCCCCCUUCCAUCACCCCGCCCCAUUCUCCGGCUUUCCAUCACCCCGCCCCAUUCUCCCGCUUUCCAUCACCCCGCCCCAUUUUCCCUCCUUCCAUCACCCCGCCCCAUUUUCCCUCUUUCCAUCACCCCGCCCCAUUUCCAUCACCCCGCCCUAUUCUCCCGCUUUCCAUUACCCCGCCCCAUUCUCCCGCUUUCCAUCACCCCGCCCCAUUCUCCCGUUUUCCAUCACCCUGACCCAUUCUCCCGCUUUCCAUCACCCCGCCCCAUUCUCCCGCUUUCCAUCACCCGGCCCCAUUCUCCCGCUGUCCAUCACACCGCCCUUUUCUCCUGCUUUCCAUCACCCCGCCCCAUUCUCCCGCUUUCCAUCACCCCGCCAAAUUCUCCCGCUUUCCAUCACCCCGCCCCAUUCUCCCUCCUUCCAUCACCCCGCCCAAUUCUCCCGCUUUCCAUCACCCCGCCCCAUUCUCCCUCCUUCCAUCACCCCGCCCAAUUCUCCCGCUUUCCUUCACCCCGCCCCAUUCUCCCUCCUUCCAUCACCCCGCCCAAUUCUCCCGCUUUCCAUUACCCCGCCCCAUUCUCCCGCUUUCCAUCACCCCGCUCCAUUCUCCCGCUUUCCAUCACCCCGCCCCCUUCUCCCACUUUCCAUCACCCCGCCUCAUUCUCCCGCUUUCAAUCACCCCGCUCCAUUCUCCCGAUUUCCAUCACCGCGCCCCAUUCUCCCGCUUUCCAUCACCCCGCCCAAUUCUCCCGCUUUCCAUCACCCCGCCCCAUUCUCCCGCUUUCCAUCACCCCGCCCCGUUCUCCCUCCUUCCAUCGCCCCACCCCUCUCUCCCCCCUUCCAUCACCCCGCCCCAUUCUCCCGCUUUCCAUCACCCCGCCCCAUUCUCCCGCUUUCCAUCACCCCGCCCCAUUCUCCCUCCUUCCAUCACCCCGCCCCAUUCUCCCUCCUUCCAUCAUCCCGCCCUAUUCUCCCGCUUUCCAUCACCCCGCCCCAUUCUCCCGUUUUCCAUCACCCCGCCCCAUUCUCCCACUUUCCAUCACCCCGCCCCAUUCUCCCGCUUUCCAUCACCCCGCCCCAUUCUCCCUCCCUCCAUCACCCCGCCCCAUUCUCCUGCUGUCCAUCACCCCGCCCCAUUCUCCCGCUUUCCAUCACCCCGCCCCAUUCUCUCGCUUUCCAUCACCCCGCCAAAUUCUCCCGCUUUCCAUCACCCCGCCCUAUUCUCCUGCUUUCCAUCACCCCGCACCAUUCUCCCUCCUUCCAUCACCCCGCCCCAUUCUCCCGCUUUCCAUCACCCCGCCCCAUUCUCCCGCUUUCCAUCACCCCGCCCCAUUCUCCCGCUUUCCAUCACCCCGCCCCAUUCUCCCGCUUUCCAUCACCCCGCCCCAUUCUCCCGCUUUCCAUCACCCCACCCCAUUCUCCCGCUUUCAAUGA